UGGGGCGUGGAACGGGCCAACCAGUGACCCUCUACGUGACCCUCAUAGGAGCAGAGCCGAGCUCCCACAGAUAGAAUGCAGCCACCACAGAACGGACCUCAGCCUCCUCCGAGCGGGGGGCCGCCUGGCUACCAGCCACCGCAGCCGUCCUACGCGCCGCCAGCCUACGCACCGCCCCCGCCGAUGGGUCAGCCUCCCAUUAUGAUGGCUCCGAUGAUGAUGGGUCAGCAGCAGCAACAGCAGCAGCAGAGCAGCAACACGUCCAACACGUCCAACACGUCCAGCACAACAGUGGUAGUGGCCGGCGGCGGGCAGCACGAUUUCGUGCCGUUCCGCUGCCCCGUCUGCAACACCGGCAUCAUGGAGGAGAGUUUCACCUGCUGCGGCGUCUUCUGGGCCAUCGUGCUGUUCCCGGUGGGCCUGAUCUGCCUGUUCCUGCUGCGGGAGCGGACCUGCUGUACGUGCGGCUACUCGCGCUAGAGACGAGGCCGGCCGGCGCUGGCGGUCCGGUGACAGCGCGGCGGCCAGACACUCUGAGACGCUCAGUCUCCGACUUGCCUUUUCAAUCCAGUGAAGCGGAGGGCACGUGGCGUUUGGGAAUGAAUAGCAGGAUAUCGCCGUGGUUGGUAGGCUCUCUGUCUGAAGCUCGCCCAUGGCUUUGUGGCGGUUUGGCGUGGAAAGACUGGAAGCCCCGAAUUGAGUUGAUCUUGCCGUUAAAUAAGCAUCAUCAGAUCGUGUUGUUUUUGUACGCAUCACUGUAACAUUUUAUUACGCGUUUCUGGCGUCAGCAGUAGAUUAUCAUUCAUCGAUGUCCAGUUCCGCGCCUUGUUGUUGACCUUUGAUUGGCUUCGCAUAAAUCAGUAUUUCUUCACUUUGAGCCUGUUAAUCGGCAUACUAUUUUGAUACUUGCACUUAACAGAUUGUAAUUACACGACUGAGUAGGCUAUGGCUGAUCCAGAUCCUGACGCAUGUUUCCUGUUAGUGCGCAGAAACAGUAUGAGCUACUAAGGUAAGUUGUGUGCUUACUACCGUGCAACACAUAAUUAUGAAUGGGCGACAUUACAAAACAGCGUCGUCACCAUUUUUUAGAAAAACUGACCCGAAAAUGUAUGACUCAAAAGAACAACUGAAAUGCCUGGCGUCCACAAAUCAGAUGCGAGCGGGCGUAGCGCACUUUUGACUGUCUGGCGCUGGCAGCGCCACCUAUCCAAACGCUGUAGCAAAUGCAGCAGAGCCCUCUAGGUGAAUG